AUGAUACCCGAGUCCGGUCUACCAACUACCAUAACCACCAUGUUUCAAGAUGCUGCAAGCGACAAUGAACGUACGGAACGUACAAAGAAAGACCAACUCGACGUUCUUUCAGUAGACGACCUACAUUCCGUACUUAAUCCCGAGUCGCCACUGCCGUCCCUCCAGAUUCGCACCGAUCUACCCAGUAUUCGUCCAUCUAGCUCGCGAGACUCGGAUCCUUAUGCCUCGCUUUCCGGAAGCUAUCCUCGACGUACACCAAGUCUUCGCGCCCUCAUUGCACCUAUAUCCAGUGCUGGCUCCUUAUCCCCGGCCUCAAUUAUAUCCUCCCCUCAAUUGAAUGCGAUGGGCGAUAUUACACCUCUGCCAUCACCAAUUGGAGGCGCCUCUCCAUGGCGGAGAGCCGAUCUACCAUCCUUGUCUCGUUCAUCGUCAAUGGCGUCGCGGAGUGGAUCCAGUCUGCGUUUGAGUGAUUCAUCACAAAUGCUUGGCCCGCCCGUCAUGUCCCGCCCGCGCAGCAGACCGUAUACAGGGAUUGAUGGAGAUGAAUCGCCCGUCGCAAAUCGAUACCGUCGCGAGUCCCCUUCAAAGAACUCUCAUUCUCAUUCUCGAAACCGCAGUCUGAGUGACUAUGCACCUCCAGGCCGCGUCGCUGUUCCUCGUCCGAUCGCGGUGUCAGGAACUGCCGGGCUCGGCAUUGCUUCUUCCUCAAGCACGGACUCCAAGUCCAAUGGAAUGCACCGCGAACAAUAUCUCGCCGUCCACCGAGGCAUCGCAUUGCCGACCGUUCGUCCUCCCAGUCCACCUCGCAGUAGUGGCAGCGGAUACAGUGACCUUGAGCCUGUCAUCCAUUACACUGCCCCACUUUCCGCGCCUCAAGAGGUUUACUCCGUACGGUCGGUUCGCACCCAACAGGCCCGGAUGUACCAGAAGAUUCGGACGUUGGGCCAGGGCACUUUCAGUCAAGUGAGUUUGGCCGCUCGUGUGGAGGCUGUCCCCGAAGUACCUUUGUCGCCGCAAUCCGAUGGAGGAGGUCAAUUUCACGGGACAGUAAACACCCAGAAGCUGGUCGCAGUGAAGAUCAUCGAACAUGGCCCUGCUGGAGGCGCGGAUGAAGGCCGGUUGGAGGUGUCACUCAAACGCGAAGUAGACAUCUUGAAGUCUGUCAACCAUCCAUCUCUAGUACAACUAAAAGCAUUCGGGAGCGAUGAGAAGCGCGCCCUGUUGGUUUUGGACUAUUGUCCUGGUGGAGAUUUGUUCGAGUUCGCAACAUCGGGAGCUCCUCCCAUGUCCCCAGGUCUGAUCCGUCGCAUUUUCUCUGAAUUGGUCAGCGCCGUGCGCUACCUCCACGCUCAUUACAUUGUCCAUCGGGAUAUCAAGUUAGAAAAUGUUCUGCUCACCAUGCCCGCUCAUGUCAUGGACGAUGUGAAAGACUGGAGCACAUACGAUCGUGCCGUGAUCACGCUCAGUGAUCUUGGACUGUCCAGACGUAUUCCCGAGCCUCCUGAGAGUCCCCUUCUGCAUACCCGCUGCGGGAGUGAAGACUAUGCAGCCCCCGAGAUUCUGAUGGGCCAGGCUUAUGAUGGCCGUGCGACAGAUGCUUGGGCUCUCGGUGUCUUGCUCUAUGCCAUCAUGGAGAACCGACUCCCCUUCGAUGUCCUCCCUGGCACUCGAGGAGAUCCCGCCAAACUGCGUGCCAGAACCCCUCAUCGCAUCGCACGUUGCGAAUGGGCCUGGUAUAGGUAUGCCAAUGAGGACGAGGAGUGGGACCCUGAAAAGGGCAAGGGACUCGAUGGCGCUCGGGAUUGCGUGGAAGGCCUCCUGAAACGUAACACAAAGCGGAAGAACUUGGAUGAAAUCGCUGCUAUGGAAUGGGUCCAUGAUGCAAUCAAAGUGCCUGACCUGAAACGAGGCGACAAAGAAGUGCCGUAG